AUGGGAUCCCGAAAGGUGAAGUCGAACCCCUCGGCCGCUGACUCGCAAGUCAGCUUGGUGUCCAGCAAGAGCUCCGCUUCGACUCAACCGGCACAAGAUAACAGCUCGACUCCACAGAAGAAGGGGAGUGGGGCGGCCUGGUACACAAAGUCCUGGCCGCGGGGAUCCAAAGCGGCCGCCGUGACGGAAGUGGCACGAGAGAGCAUCUCUGUCGCCGGGAAUAUCACAUCGGAACUGGCGCCAUCGACGACAUCGCUUCCCGAAACCCCGAGGCAUUUUAAGUCUCGUUCAAUCCAGUUAACCAAGAAAGCCGGCUCCCCCAGCAGAUCUCUCCCGGCUGAGACCACGACAACUCGUAUCAACAUCGCCUCGGACGGAUCUGCUUCGCCAGCGACUGAAAUCAUCCUGCAGGAACCCACUCCCGAUGCACCGCGUAAUGAAACGAAAGACAAAGGAGAGUGUCCGUUAGAUUCGGACGAUACGGUUAAGGACACAAAGGAAAGCUCAGAGACUACUACCCUCAGCCAAUCCGGAAAUACAGAAGAUUCUCGCCAGGAACCUGACAAUACAUCAAAGCCAUCAGAUCAGUCUACAUCUUGGUUUAGCUGGUUUGGCUGGGGAGCAACUUCAGCAGAAAAGUCCAGCUCUAAGGAAAUGGGGACGACCAAGUCUCCUCCUGCGGAGGCCCCAAGCACAGCGCCGACUGAAAAUCCUGUAGCACCCAGCUCUGACGCCGGGAGAGACAAACCAACUAUAUCAGACACUUCUGCUACCACCUCGCAACCUGAACAACCAACCGUCAGUGAAAGAAAUACACCACAAAGAUGGUCGUGGCUACCGAUGUGGGGAGGAUACUCCACGGCACCGAAAUCUACAGAAGAAUUACAGCAAGACGAAUCAAAGAAAGAACCGUGUAUUGAAGAAGAACGUUCUGCAACUCAAGCCGCUAAUGUGAAGCCGCCACCUAAUGACGCUGAAACUGAACGCGUGCAGGAAAGUGUACCCUCGAAACGUUCAUCUGCUCCUGCGAGAACCUCUGGUUGGGCAUUCUGGUCCAGGACGGAGAGCACAGAGAGAACGAAUCAGGAAGAGGAGACAGGCGAAGUUUCGGUGGCAGAGCCAACGCCUUUGCGAUCGAAACAGGACAGCCAAGAGGCUGAAGUCGAGAUCGAACCAAAAUCAGGAAAAGAUGUUGCCAAAAGCAAGGGCACAAAAGAUACUGCCGAACCUGGAGCGGCUACUGUAUCCACAAUAGACACGCCAAGUCCUUCGGUCCCUGCAAAAAUGAAAGCACAGGAAGUGUCUGCCUCCAAACAACUGCAGAGUGUCCUGCCAAACCAGUUGCUGCCUUCGUUCAGAGAUACGUUCGCUCUGCAAGAAUCCCCGUCGUGGUUGCAGACCAUUGGUCGGCUUCUCCAUUAUUCAAAAGAGCCCGAAAAUAAGCAUGUUCUGGUGCUUAGAGAUCCGCCUCGUCCCAAGAGAGCUCUGGCCAUUGGAGUGCAUGGCUACUUCCCGGCUCCGCUGAUACGGACCGUGCUGGGCCAGCCUACCGGGACGUCCUUGAAGUUUUCUACCAUGGCAGCGAAGGCCAUCCAUCAAUGGGCAGAGAAUCAUGGCUAUCAAUGCAACGUGGAGAAGAUAUCCCUCGAAGGAGAGGGCCGCAUUGCUGAACGCGUAGACAUACUGUGGAAACUGCUUCUGAAUUGGAUGGAGCACAUCCGAGAAGCGGAUUUCAUCAUGUUUGCCUGUCACAGCCAGGGUGUCCCGGUCACAGUCAUGCUGGUUGCGAAAUUGAUCGCGUUUGGAUGCCUAAAUGCUUGUCGUAUUGGCAUUUGCGCUAUGGCAGGUGUGAACCUAGGCCCGUUCCCGGACUAUAAGUCUCGAUGGAUUGGCGGCUCUGCUGGGGAACUGUUUGAUUUUGCACAUCCCACCAGCAAAGUCUCGCGGGAAUACGAGGCAGCGUUGCAGACCGCGUUGGAUUUUGGAGUUCGCAUAGCUUAUGUUGGAAGCAUUGAUGACCAGUUGGUCUCUUUGGAGUCAUCUCUAUUCGCCCCGGCGUCCCAUCCAUACAUAUACCGAGCCGUCUUCGUUGACGGUAGAGUCCACACUCCAAGCUUUCUCUCACACCUCGUGGGAUUUGUACUUAAACUACGAAAUCUUGGAAUAUCAGAUCAUGGCCUCAUCCGUGAGCUUAGCGCUCCUCUUGUUGGCAGUCUUUAUACAGGCGAAGGCCAUUCCCGACUCCACGAUGAGGAGAAUAUAUAUUACCUCGCCGUCGAGUUCGCUUUGGAAACAUCCAACGUCAGCGGUGUCCCGCUACGUAUCCAAAGAUCCAGCCCGACAUCAACUCCCAACCCUUACAUCCUCCCCUUCGCUAUGCGUGGCGUUCUCGAAGAAGACUACGUUCGCCGUGAGCUUCAUGAAGAGAGCAUGGAGCUCCUGAGGCAAUUUGACGACUGGAAGCCCACCAGCAAGGUGCUCAAAGAUGUGAAGUUCCGGCUCGAGGGCAUUCGAUCAAAGCUCUGA